AUCUGUUUUUCCGGAAUCUUUGUUCCUCAUGUGACUUUUUGUUGUAAAACAACAGCAGCUUCUUCUAGUGUUUGUCCUGCCGGGAAAAAACCUUUUGCUUAUUUGUUUCAGUUCCGCUAAGAAGGCUCGCCAUGACUCACUGACACCGACGCAACCACCCGGGUCCCCCCCUCCCCGACGCCUGACAUGCCGCUGCCCAAUGGCUGCUCCAUCAACAACAACGCUUCGGACGAGAGCGAUGACACCGAGGUUCUCCUCACGAAGGACGCCGUUCCUCCUCAGUGCUGUUCGGCGCGCCUCAACCUCGCCGUCCUCAUGUUCUUUGGAUUUUCCGUGGUCUACGGUCUCCGUGUCAACCUCAGCGUCGCCAUGGUAGCCAUGGUGAACAGCACGGACCUGGCAGGAGACAGGAACGCCACGGCGAGCCCGGCGUGCCCGCUGCCGUCGGGCGGAGACAACGCCAGCAGAGCUCUGCAGCAGCCGGACGGGACCCCCCAGUAUUCCUGGGACUCGCAGACUCAGGGCUGGCUGCUGGGCUCCUUCUUCUUCGGGUACCUGUGCACUCAGAUCCCGGGGGGUUACCUGGCCGGCCACUACGGGGGGAAGAUCUUCCUCGGUCUGGGUGUCUUCGGCACGGCGCUCCUCACCCUCCUCACCCCAUUGGCUGCUGGCUUGGGGUCACACUGGCUGUUUGCUCUGCGGGCCUUGGAGGGCUUCGGAGAAGGUGUGACGUUCCCGGCCAUGAUGGCCAUGUGGGCCCGGUGGGCUCCUCCCCUGGAGCGCUCCCGCCUGAUGACCCUCCCCGGAGCCGGGGCCAGCUUCGGCUCCGUCGUGGCCCUGCCGCUCACUGGAUACAUCUGUGAAAAACUGGGCUGGCCCGCCGUCUUCUACCUCUGUGGAGGCGCCGGAUGCCUGUGGUUCGUGUUCUGGUGGGCUCUGGUGUCCGACGACCCCCGAACUCACCGUCGAAUCAGCCCAGAGGAGAGAGAUUACAUCGUCAGCUCUAUCGGAGCGCAGGGCAAAGGUCACGGCUGGUCGCUGCCCCUCCUGUCCAUGCUGACGUCCGUCCCGCUGUGGACCAUCAUCAUCACCCAGAUGUGCUCCAACUGGUCCUUCUACACGCUGCUCACCUCCCUGCCCACCUACAUGAACGACAUCCUGCACUUCGACCUGCAGUCGAACGGCUUCCUGUCGGCGCUGCCGUACCUCGGCAGCAUACCCGCCUCGCUGCUGUCCGCCGUGGCUGCUGAUUGGCUCAUCGAGAGGAAGGUGUUCAGCAUCACCAACGUGCGCAAGAUCUUCACCUUCACAGGUGAGCCGGCAUCCUGUGCAAAGACAAAGAAACAAAGGCUCUGUCUCCAUGUGCUUUCUGUCAUUUUUAUCUUGAUUUUUUCCUUAAUUUUCCACGUUUCUUCUCCUGGCAGAUACGCAGGAUUCCUUCUGGGAAUCACCAACACAUUUGGGACGAUCCCGGGUGUCGUGGCACCAAUCGUGACGGGAUACUUUACAGAAGAUCACACCCUGGAAGGCUGGAGGAAGGUGUUCUGGGUCGCCGCCGGGAUCAACUUAGGAGGCGCCGUCAUCUAUAUGAUAUUCGGAAGCGGAGAGAUCCAGGCGUGGGCCAUCCAGGAGGAGGAGGAGGAGGAGGAGGAGGAGAGAAGGACCUGAGAGGAAGAGCAAUAGGUCUGUUUGAAGCCAAACCAAAGAGAGGAAGCCAGCAGGGAGAGGAGCAGUUGAGACUGACCUCAUGUUCGGUUAUUUACUGCUUCGUUUACAUCAUUAGGAGCAAAUAUCAGCAUUUAUUUUACUGGAAACACAUAAAAACUGCAUCUUUUCCUUCCGUUGUAUUUCAAAAUGUUUACAUGACCUCAGAAACUCUUAUUCCGCCUCUGAUGUCGUAUUUUUUUGCUCUAAAUAUCCAGAUUCCCUCUUAAUGAGUGAAGAUGGUCUUGGUCAGUGGUUUCCCAGGAAUAAUGAAGGUUUCCCACAGACUGUUCACUCAUGAGCCUGAUGCGUAACCGUUUUCAGAGGAAUCACACUAUUUAGUCUCACACAUUCCCAGAGAUGUCAAAAAUAUUAAUGUUUAUUACUCUAAUAUAAAUCCUACUGUUUAAAAACACUUUUGUAGAAGUUAGAGGAUCAACUUCAGCUUUUUACUCCAGU